AUGUCACCUCAUCCUCAAUCUUCCCUGCGGAGCUUUCUUGACUGGGUCAAAAAUUUCCGAGGUGACGAUCCAGUCAUAGAGAAAGAAGAGCUUUUGAUGUGUCCAAUGCUGUGGUGUCGCAACACUUUCAAAGAUGUUGAUGCGACUCGUCCCGAACGAUUUUUGGAGUGCGACAAGGGAUGCGAUAUCAUACUUAGACCCAGGCUGCAAAAGAGGGGAACAAAGCUGGCCGUUACAUUCUUCAGGUGGCUGGGUCGCAGACGCUCUCUGAAAAGGACAGAUACUCCUAGAAAAGUCGAGUUAGAGGAUACUGCUCGAGAUGAACGCAUUCGACGGGGCAGCUACAAGGCAGAGCUUGGCAAAGGCCGUCAGACCAUAGCACUUGACACAGAGAAGCAUGGCCUCUGUCCAUCAAAUCUCAGCCAAGGUUCCUCGCAUGCGCACGAGUUGAACACCAGAGCUGACGCUGUCUAUGCUGGAUGGGUGAAUGAGAAAGCGAAAUACCCUGGGGAUCGGUCAAGCGCGGCUGAGAUCACUGGUGGCGAUGUGUCUAGAUCAGAGCUCCCAUCACCACAACGAGUCAAUGUGCGGUCGCUGCACGAGAUGCUCGGCUCAACUCCGUUUGAUACGUCUGAAGCAGGCAGUGACAGCAUCGACGAUAGAGAGCUUGGUCUGCAAGCGUUGGUGACACCGCCGUUGAUUGAUAUGUUUGAUGCUUCUGUUCCAAUUGACCUAGAAUUGCCAACCCUCGAUCCAGUCUAUUGGACGGCAGAAUUACGAGAUCGCGCUAGCUUCAACAUCGCUGAUGCUCACACCGUGACCUCAUUUACGACUUCGCAGGAUCUGCAAGCUGACAACGUUUACGGCCAAAACCACCCAAGUGCUGACACUCUUGGAGAAAGCUUUACCAAAUUUUCUCAUUUCUUGGACGCGGACGCGGACGCGGAUUGUGCCAGUAGUCCAUUCCACAAUCUUCAUGAAGGAAUUGCAAACAUUUAUCCAAGUAUGCCCUCUCUAGGACUUGAUUUUCCAGUGCCACAAACUGCCUCUCCAAGCACCCCGAGUCCAAGUCUGAUCUCCCAGCUGUCCAGCGCAGUGUCACUAAGUAGUCGAACCUCGACACUCAUAUCUCCCACGUCAAACCUUGACUCUCAAGAUUCACGGACCCGACAAGUCCCAGCCGUCAAUGCGGUAGCAAUUUUGGAAGAUGGCAUCAAUGCUUGGAGGUCACAAAGCUCAACGCUUCCACCGCCAAAUUUUGAGGAAACGCAGUCACAGGCCCGUCUUGCUAAGCUAAGAGCCAACACCAUACCAGCCAGCGAUUCGACUGGGUACCAUCGGUACUCAAGCAGUGAGCGCCAGCCAAUCCCCAUUCAGACCCAAAAUCUUGGCACAGAGGUCGACUACGACCAUGGACCCCAUCUAGGGGCCAACCGAGCACAAAUUCGAACCCAAGUCGAAGAGCUUCUAGGACUGGUAAGUAUUGUCAACAAUGAGUGGAUGCAGAGGUUGCUCCCAAGCCCUGAGCUACACAUACGAUGCUCAUCACUGUCCGCUCGUACAUUGCUCGCAAAGGGCAUUUACACUUUGAAGAAUUGGCUUUGUGGAAAACUUGAAAGUAAUUUCGAGGAAGUAUUUUCGUUCAUGCACAUAGCCUUUGCCGCUGCCUUUAUCUUGCACCAUAAGGAUGAGUCGCACUGUUGGGAUGCUUUCAUCCAAGAUGCACUUCAGCUGCAGCACGCAAUGGUCGACAGAGAUGGUAAACUCAUGUUCGUGACGGCUAUCGAUCGUUGGUGGUGGCUACCUGGUCAACAUAGUUUUGAGGAGGCCACUAUCAUGGAGAAAAACAUUUCAUUCCCUGGCGCUGCAGUGGCUGCAAGAACCGACCUUCCUAGGAUUGGCGAACUGGUUAAGAAGAUCAUCAGACCUCUUGAACAGAGAAAAGGUAUUGAGGCUUUUCAAGCCAAUCUAGCGAGUGCUAGCUUCGGUAUAUGUGGCGGAACUCUACGUGAGAUCCGUGAAGUAGAGGUCGUGUUGGUCUCCAGUGCCCGAUGGAGCUCCCAAGCUCUCGAAGUCUUUGAAAGAUUUCAAAAUGACGUGAUGACUCAGUGCGACACAGCUAUGGGCUCAUCAAAUCGAAUGUGGCGUAAUCAGUACUAUAUCGCGGAUCUGAAGGACAUCAUGGAUAUAUUGGGAGAACCGGAGAGGCACCAGGGCUUCGGUUUUGCUUCAAGAUAUCCGCUGAAUACUAGUGUCCUUGCAGUCAACUGCACUCAUGGGAUAUCCGUCGGGUCCCCUACCUCGCUGUCUUCGAGGAGUACUGGAGGUCUUACUGUCGGCUCCUCACCGACCAGUCUUACAACUGGGACAUCUAUGAAUUUAUCCAAAAUGGACGAUGUCAGCACUCAGACGACCUCCCCAAGCGCGGCGUCUCAGGCUUCCACUCCACCUACGUCGUCAGGUUGCAAUAUCUCGACAUCAAAUGUGGAAAUAUGUCAUCUCUGCGGAGAAAGGUUCACAGGUACACCAGCAAACGCAAGAUCGAACUUGGCUCGUCACUUGCGGACAUCGCCAAAACACAACAAAGAUGCAGGUCUCAAGUGUCCCGAACUGGAUUGCCACGCGAGGCCCAAGAGAUCGGAUAACCUGGGGGGCCAUCUUAAGAGAAGACAUGGACUCACUUCACCAUCGAAAUUAGAGCAGGCUAUGAAGAAGAGCAGGGAGCUGAGUACUGUGCCAGGGAACGCUUGA